CGACAACAAUGAAUUUGGGUCAAACGAUAACAUUUACACUAACAGGACUGUCAGGGCUCUGAGCUGUAAUGUAACACUACAGUGUUUAUGCUGAGGCAGGUUUUUCGUCGGCUGCAGUUCGCUAGCUCCGUUCAGGAACAACAGCUUUGUCCUUGUAAAGAAACAGCAAGAAAAUACUGUCAGCGAAUAAGCGAACAUGGCAAUUAACAAAUCCAAGAUCGCUAAUGGGUUCAUAUUGGCAGGUAGUCUGGCUGUGUUUUUCGGGACAGUUCUAGCUUUUGUUGGGCCGCUUAUAAUUGACGACCAGAUAGUAAAGAACACCGUGAUUGACCCAAGCAAUGAGCUCUCCUACACCAUGUGGAAGGAUAUCCCUGUGCCAUUCUUCAUGUCUGUCUACUUCUUUAAUGUCCUCAACCCUCAAGAGAUACUGAAAGGAGAAAAGCCCAUGGUGGAGCAAAAAGGGCCUUAUGUGUACAGAAAACGCUGUCAGAAGGACAACAUCACAUUUCAUCCCAAUGAUACAGUGUCCUACAAGGAAUACCGUACGUACUACUUCGAGCCAAGUAUGUCUGCAGGAGAUGAGUCUGAUGUUGUGACAAUUCCAAACAUGUUGGUGCUGGGUGCUGCAGUGAUGAUGGAAAAGUUGCCCUAUGCAGUGCGUUUAAUGAUAAGUGCCACUUUCAAGACCUUCAAAGAGGGGCCCUUUUUGACCAAGACAGUAGGGGAGCUGAUGUGGGGUUAUGACAGUGGCCUGGUCGACUUCCUCAAUAAAUACCUGCCUGGGAUGCUGCCUUCAUCAGGAAAGUUUGGCCUCUUUGCUGAAUUCAACAACUCCAAUACUGGCCUGUUCACUAUCUUCACUGGAAAAGAUGACAUCAGGAACGUCCAUAAAGUGGAUUCUUGGAAUGGCCUGACAGAGCUGAACUACUGGCGAACUCCUCAGUGCAACAUGAUCAAUGGAACAGCUGGACAGAUGUGGCCUCCGUUCAUGACAAAAGAAACCACUCUUCCUUUCUACAGCCCUGACGCCUGCAGAUCUAUGGAACUUGUGUAUCAGCGUCCAGGCAAGAUGAAGGGGAUCCCGUAUUACCGAUAUGUUGCACCCACAACGCUGUUCGCCAAUGGGACAGAGUACGCUCCCAAUGAAGGGUUCUGUCCUUGUCGACAGUCGGGCCUGCUCAACGUCAGCAGCUGCCGCCACAAUUCUCCAGUUUUUAUCUCUCAUCCUCACUUCUUCAAUGCUGAUCCUGUGCUGCUGGACUAUGUGCAGGGCCUUCAUCCAAGUGAGGACGACCAUGGCCUCUUCAUCGACAUCCACCCACAAACAGGGGUGCCUCUAAAUGUGUCAAUCCGCCUGCAGCUCAACCUUUACAUGAAGAGCGUGUCAGGAAUUACAGAAACUGGGAAGAUUUCGGAAGUGGUGAUGCCCAUGAUCUGGUUCGAAGAGAGUGGAUAUAUAGAUGGUCCCAUCCUUAACACAUUCCACACAAACCUGGUUGUUCUUCCUGCUUUGAUGGAGUGGAUGCAGUAUGGCUUCAUUGCUCUGGGUCUGGCAUCUAUAAUCAUCGCUGUCGUGGUGCAUCGAAAACUGAAGAAGUCUCAUGCAAAAGCUCAAAUUGUGACAAAUGUAGCAACAGUUUCUGCCACUGUGUUGGAGAAUCCCGGGGCCAAAGAUAAACAGCCAGUAAAGGGCUCACAUGCACAUGAGCCAGAGGAGAAAUAUAUCAUGAAUAACUCAGACAAAUAAAUGUGAAGCUGGCACCACAUCGGAUGAACACCAAAGCACUUCGACUGAUGAGAGAGACCCUCUACUACAAAAUGAGACUGACUGACGCACAAAUUUACAUUCAUACACAUGCACAUAUCAGAUGUGGUCUAUUUGCACAGGUAUCAUUUUACUAUUUUGAACUAACUGCUACAUGGUGCUCUGUCUAGGAGAUGUAAAGUUAACUGUAUUGACUUUGUAAAGGUUAUGGAAUUCUCAGCCAAAGACUAGUGUUUACUUUAUUAAAUAUGUGGAGGCUGUAAUGGUGGUUUGUCUCUGCAGUGUGACAGGAGAUGCCACUUUCUGAAUAUAAAGUGCAAACAAACUACAUUGAGUUACUUGAUAGUUGUUGACUUGUGUUCAUGCUCUGCUCAGUGUUAAAUGCUCAUCAGUGCUGAUCUGAAGCAAUCAAUUUAUGUCACUCAUCAGUCACAGUAACAAACACUAACUGUGGAGUGUGUUUUACUGUGAAUAUAAUGUUUCUGUGUCAACAAGGGAACUAACAGGGAGAAAUACCCUUUCUGUGUAGAGUAUUUUACUGCCAAUGUGCCUUUAACUAUAGAGUAAAACAUUUCUUUGUCAGUUCUACAUUUUUGCAUUUCAUGUAACUACGAUAAAAGUUUAUAUUCUGUUUUAAAAUAGUUGUCGAGUCUCUGGCAGACUGAAGCGCUCUGUUUAUCAGCGAGCGUUGAAACAAUGGAUGCACUCCUAUUUGUUAAACUGCUGUCCUCUGGAAUGAUAUGAAUGUAUUUCAUUGACAUGGAUGUAAAUGAUGCCAUUUGGGGUUGAAAACCUCAUUAAUAAAUAAGUGAGUGAAUUCACAGAAAAACUUGAUGAU